GCCCAUCAAGCCGACGUCGACAUCUAACCGAGACUCAGUGAGGCCGAGAUGGCGUGCCGCCAUGUUUGAUUUAGGAUAACCCCUCCCCCUCAGCAUCUUCAUGAGGACACCGAGGAGAGUGGACACAGCGGGUAUUAGACGGAGCUGGAGUUUUGGCAGUCUUGACCGAAUAUGGCCUCGCCGAGGACAGUAACCAUCGUCGCUCUUUCUUUUGCACUAGGUCUGUUUUUCGUCUUCAUGGGAACGAUUAAACUUACACCGCGAUUAAGCAAAGAUGCUUACAGUGAAAUGAAAAGGGCAUAUAAGAGUUAUGCAAAGGCUCUUCCAGGUUUAAAAAAGCUGGGCAUCACAUCAGUGCUUCUGCGCAAGAUCAUCGGCACCGUCGAAGUGGCGUGUGGUGUGGUCCUGACACUUGUGCCUGGGAAACCGAAAGAUGUUGCGAACUUCCUGCUGCUGCUGGUCAUGCUAGCUGUGCUCUUCUUUCACCAGCUUGUAGGUGAUCCUCUGAAACGCUACGCUCAUGCACUGGUGUUUGGCAUCCUGCUCACCUGCCGCCUCCUUAUCGCGCGCCAGAGUGAUGACCAACCUGAGAGGGAGGAACGACAAGAAGAACAGGGCAACGCCCAGGAAAAGAACAAAAUCAAAGUUUCUUAGCUUCUAUUUUUCUGACUGUAGGAAAUGCAAAACAAUGUGGACAUUUCCUGAACAUCAGAUAUGGAGUGACAAGUAAAUGAUGGUCACCAAAGAAGGUGAUUUUCAUUCUUUCUGCUCAUACAAGUUGCCCAACCAUGCAGUUUUUUUUAGCCUUUCAUUAAAUAAAAAUGCCCUACACUGAUCCUUAUCAGUGAAUAAUCAGAGUACAAUUGCCCCUGUUAACCUCUUCUGUCAUAUUAAACUUGAAUCUAUGUUAUCCUGCCUUCUGUAAUGCUUAUAUUAUUUAUAUACUACCAUCAGCUUUAAGGGCCAAUUACUGAUGCUUUCAUAGGGACUAUUUCUGUUUCUAACACCCUAGACACAUUUUGGUUUCUUAAUUGCAAAAUAUCAAUUAUAAAAAUGUUCCUUACUAAUUAAUAAAAAUAAAUAAGAUCUUGCAAAAAUGUUUUACAUUUAUCCCAUGCAAAAUAUUUAGGAUUGAAUUAAUUUAAAGUUUUAUCACACUAGGACAUCUGAAUACUUUCAAGCAUGAUAUUCUUGUGGUUUCUCUAUCACAGACAAAUUGUGUGUUUUAUGUGUUUUGUGUUGUGUUACCCAUUUUUUUUUUUUUUAUAAAAGAGACUAUUUCUUUUGUGUUGCUUUUGUUGUGUGUUUGUGUGUUUAUUUUUUACCACAUGCAUUUUGGAGACUGUCAUUUAAAAAUAAAAAUCAAUAAAGAUUUUCUCAUCCUUCCAA